AUGCCAGUGAUGAAAGGGCUUCUGGCCCCUCAGAACACCUUUCUUGACACCAUCGCCAAGCGCUUUGAUGGCACACACAGUAACUUCCUGCUGGGAAAUGCUCAGGGGAGUCGUGGGUACCCCAUCGUGUACUGUUCGGAUGGGUUCUGCGAGCUCACCGGGUUUGCACGUACAGAGGUAAUGAAGAAGACAUGCACAUGUCAGUUCCUGCACGGACAGGAAACAAGCGAGAGAGUCACUCAGCAGGUGGACAAAACCCUGGAAGGACAGAGAGAGUUCCAGACGGAGGUCCGCUAUUACAGGAAGAACGGUACCGUAUUCUGGUGUCAGCUGGACAUUGUCCCUAUUAAAAAUGAGAAAGGAGAAGUGGUUCUUUUUCUCUUAUCCUUCAAAAACAUCACUGACUCGUAUGGCAAAUCACAUCCUGGCUCCACCACAGAAGAGGAUGGUACUCACAACAGGAAGUCCAGUCGAACUCAUCUGAGUCAAGCUCGUGAGCGUGGCCGCAGCGUCCUGUACCACCUGACCUGUCAGUUCACCAAUAGGAGCAAAAGGAAGCUGCCAAAUCCAACUCUCCCGGAAUACAAGGUGGCAUCGGUGCAGAAAUCCCGCUUCAUUUUGCUUCAUUACAGCGUGUGCAAAGCAUUGUGGGACUGGUUGAUCCUCCUUGCGACAUUUUAUGUGGCUGUCACCGUCCCAUACAACGUCUGCUUCUCCGCCCCUGACGACAGCGAACCUGACAACCCGGACUGUGACUCCACCUCCAGAACCACCCUUGUCAGCGACAUAGUUGUGGAGAUGCUCUUCAUCCUCGAUAUCAUUCUGAAUUUCCGAACCACCUACGUUGGGCCUGCGGGUCAGGUGGUUUAUGAUGCUCGCUUGAUCUGUUUGCACUACUGUACUACCUGGUUCAUCCUGGACCUCAUCGCUGCUCUGCCCUUUGACCUGCUCUAUUUAUUCAACAUCUCAGUGACUUCCCUGGUGCACUUGUUGAAGACCGUGCGUUUGCUGCGUCUCCUGCGCUUGCUGCAGAAGCUGGAUGGUUAUUCUCAGUACAGUGCUGUGGUCCUGACACUACUAAUGUCUGUAUUUGCCCUGCUGGCACACUGGUUGGCCUGUGUUUGGUACGUCAUUGGACGCAAAGAGCUUGCCAGCAAUGACCCCCUGACCUGGGACAUCGGUUGGCUACAGGAGUUGGGCAAGCGGCUGGAGACCCCUUACACGAAUGGUACAGUUGGUGGCCCAUCUUUGCGCAGUGCCUACAUCGCUUCGCUCUACUUCACAUUGAGCAGUCUGACUAGCGUUGGGUUCGGAAACGUCUGUGCCAACACAGACGCUGAGAAGAUCUUCUCCAUCUGUACCAUGCUUAUCGGGGCCCUGAUGCACGCCGUGGUGUUUGGAAAUGUGACAGCCAUCAUCCAGCGCAUGUACUCCCGUCGUUCGCUCUACCACACACGCAUGAAGGAUCUAAAGGACUUUAUCCGUGUGCAUCGCCUGCCCCAGCAACUGAAGCAGCGCAUGCUGGAGUACUUCCAGACCACUUGGUCUGUCAACAAUGGCAUCAACGCCAACGAGCUUUUACAUGACUUCCCAGACGAGCUGCGGGCGGACAUCGCCAUGCACCUGAACAAAGACAUUCUGCAGCUGCCGCUCUUCUCCUCCGCCAGUAGGGGUUGCCUGCGUUCACUAUCUUUGCACAUUAAGACUUCGUUCUGUGCACCUGGAGAGUACCUCAUUCGGCAUGGGGAUGCCCUGCAUGCUCAGCACUUCGUCUGCUCGGGGUCUUUAGAGGUCCUCAAGGACGGCAUGGUGCUUGCCAUACUGGGUAAGGGAGACCUGAUUGGUGCUGACCUGCCUGGGAAGGAUCAGGUGAUCAAAGCUAACGCAGAUGUAAAGGCUCUGACCUACUGUGAUCUACAGUACAUCAGCGUCAGAGCGCUGCAGGAGGUUCUGGAGCUCUACCCAGAAUAUGUCAGCCGCUUUAAUGAGGACAUACACCACAACCUCACCUACAACCUCAGAGAGGGCCAAUCCAGAUUCUCUCAUUCAACUCGACUCCCACAGGAGUGCUUUGAUGAUUCCAAGCUGCCGUUUAUCGUGGAGACAGAGCAAGAGGAGGAUGCUGGACAGGACCUGGGCAGGAAGCCCUUGCUCUCUGGCUUGAGCGGUCCUUCAUCUCAGCCUAAUCUGAGCACCAUGUUAGGGGAGGAGUUUCGGCACCUUAGCAUGCUUCGUCUCUGCAGAUCGCCCAUUCAAAGCUCCCGGGUUCAAAGCCCCUCUCCUCAGAUGCCACCCCAUGAUGAUCUGUCUCCAGCUGCAGUUCCCGCUCCAAGAAUAGACAAGAGCUCCUGCCACAGACCAGCCAAACUGCUCAUUCCCACUCUGAAUUGUGUCAGCCCGCUGGACUUGAGCCCCCGGGUUGUUGAUGGCAUUGAGGACAACGAACAUGCUUUUCACUUCAAUGUUGAGCACAGUGAGCCAUCUCCUAACACAGAGGUCAAAGACCCAUUUCAGGUUGGCGCAAACCUUCUCCUUGAGACAGAGGAGGUCAGACAGAGUCUCCGUCAACUCAAUACAGAGAUGAACCACCUGAACCAGGAAGUGUCCUCACUGACCAAGGAGCUCUACGAAAUGAUGCAAUUCCUGCAUAUGCACGUGACCCCACCUCACUUCACGUCCUCUUUCACCCCCUUCAGCUCAUUCAAUUGUCAUACAUCAUCCAACUGUACUAGCGUGGCCUCCUCCACCACAGACUGGCCAUCUAGACUGGCCUUUAACAUGUCUGCCGGUCCUUGCCUGCAGCCGGAGGCGUCUCGGAGAGAUUCUUUAGGAUCCAGGCACACGUGCAUUUGCAGCGGCAGCCAUGCCCAGGAAAGAGGCUCCGUCUUGGGGCAGGAAGGGGACAUAGAGCUCCUCCAUCAAGCUCACAGUUCUCACUCAACCUAUUUUCCAUGCUGCCCCGACCAGGAAAGGGUCGCCACCUUAGGUGUAGAGAGUCAGCCAAACUCAUGUCAGACUUCUAAAACCACACCCAACUCUCCUUAUCUAGGACACCAUGUUCCCUGCAAUGGCGGGUCACUCCUAGGCUUGGCAGCAUUUCCGUCCAGUGGUUUGGUUCCUCAGGUUAGGAGUGGGAGUCCUGGCAACACAUUGUCUCUGUGCACCCAUAACAUCCAGAGUCAGUCGCAUCCAUCUUUAAAUGUACAGAUGACCUCUGACCUGCACAACAGGGUGCCCACACCCAUCCAUUUAUCAGUUACACCAACCGGCCCAUCAAAGCCCCUUAUAGCAGUCAGUUCACUUUUGCAUUCUGGGAUUUGUAGUUCCAGCUUGCUGCAUUUCCCCACAGGUCCGAGACAGAAUGACAUGGUGGGAUCGAGUCCUGUUCACACACUUGAGCCCAUCGUAUCAUCCAAUGGCGAAAAACAGGGGAAACCAGGACCUGCUGAUGAGCGACACAAUGAUUGAGUCGUCGCUGAGCAGGAGUGAUGGACAUUUUAAAAGUAUUCUAACACACUCUUUGUCUACUGCAUGGAUAAUGCCUCCAUUUUAACCAAAUGCAAUGCAUUGUGGGAGCCGUGUAUGUGGGUUAUGCUAGACAUGCACAAUAAUGUGCAAAACUGUGCCUAUUGUUUCAAAAUUGCCUCUUUUUCGAAUCAAGUAGGACUUUAAGAUCUGUGAGUCAUACUUAAUUGUAUUUAGGUUAAAUCUGUUUCCACUGGUUAAUUUUAUUUUGCUCCAUAUGGCUUGAUUUUACAUUGGCAGUUUCACCGUGUAGGUUUUGUAUAAGACGGUGUCCCUUAGGACUGAGUCAUAGAUAAUGAAGAGCCAGAAUUUACAGGCUGUUAUCACACUGCAUCUUUUUCAAAGCCUCAUUUUAAAACACUUGUACCUAAUUUCAUGAUUUAAUAACAAAAGAUUAAUUGCAUUUUAUUUCCCUGACAUUUUCGAGUGUUAAAGGGAUAGUUCACACAAAAAUCUAAAAUCUGUCAUCAUCUUCU